AUGUCAAUAUUAUUACCAAAUUCACAGAUUCUGUGCAGAUCAGAAAUCCAACAGCAGCAGCAGUUAUCGAGCAAUACCGCAAAUGGCUUAAAGUCGUAUGGGUUCGGAUUUGAUAGAAGUAAAAGUGAUCAGUGGAAGAAAAUUGCAAAGAAAGAUUUGAUCAAAGCGUAUAGUUUUUGGCCGGAUUUAUCAAGACCUGCUGCUGUUGAAAUGGAACCAAUUCAAGAUUCUGAGCAAUUGGAUAAAGUUUUGGAUAGAGCCAAAGACCUUUCACAACCCAUUAUUAUUGAUUGGAUGGCUAAUUGGUGCCGGAAAUGCAUCUAUUUGAGGCCAAAAUUGGAGAAAUUGGCAGCCGAGUUUGACACCAAGCUCAAGUUUUAUUGCGUGGAUGUCAAUAGCGUGCCUCAAGCAUUAGUAAAGCGUGGAAACAUCUCUAAGAUGCCAACAAUUCAGCUAUGGAAAGAUGGAGAAAUGAAAGCAGAAGUGAUUGGAGGGCACAAAGCUUGGCUUGUAAUCGAAGAAGUUAGAGAAAUGAUAAAAAAAUUUGUAUAA